CGUCACUUACCCACCAGAACACGCCCCCAGCAGUCAGAUGUUUCUCAGACUAACAGCAGAGAAGCUGCCCGUCAGAACCAGUGCUGUAGGAAACACUCAUCUAGGUUAAGGCAAAAUGCCAAAUAUCAUUCCCAGGCACAAAAUAAAAGGUGUUGAUUUCUGUGGAUCACACUUCCACCAUUAUAUAAUCCGCUCUGAUCUCGGCUGCUAUAUGAGGUCGAGUGAUUGCACAGCAGGGUCAGACCUCAGUAUUCAUGAUCUGCACCCCGCCUGCCAAAAUGGAGACCAUUACUUUGCUGAUGAAAAUAACCAGUUUUACAUCAUUAAGGGAAAAUCCUACCGCAGAGUCAUGAACUUGACAACAGAUACCGAAUCUGCAGUCUUCAGCCUUCAUCCCAACUGCCAGGGUGGAGACCACUAUCUGGCAGCCUUUGACUGGUUUUACAUCAUCUUCCAGGAUAAGGGCACUUACAGAAGAACAAAAGACCUGAGUCAAGACUCACACUCUGAAGAAUUUCCACUGCAUGACAAUUGCAGAAAUGGUCUGUAUUACUGGGGUCUGCCAGAUCACUACUACUUCCUCAAGCCAGCCUCAGAGUGGGGAGUCGAGUACUACAGAGGUAACGACUUCCAGGAGGACAGCUGUGUUGCUGUGUGUUCUGUCCAUCCUGAUGUUCUUAACUUCCUGCCAGGUGGGCUGUCCAUAACUAACGGCCCAGCGUUUAGAAAGUGGGAUAAUAUUCAAACUGUAAGUAAUGAGAGUCCCACACCAGUGACAAUGCAAAAGAAAGUUACAAAAAAGGUUGGAUACAAUAAGGAGAAAAUGUCCCAGAUCACACAGAACUGGAAGAUAGAAAAGUCAGCCAAGAUCACAUCUGGAAAACUUGCAAGGUUAGUUUUAAAGUGUCAGUUCUCCUUUUCAACAGAAUAUGGAGGUGCAGUUGUGAACGUUGAGAAGGAAAGCUGGAAUGAAGAGACUGAAGUGGAAGAGCAACUAUCAUUUGAGCUGAAGCCAAACCAGUGUUUCAAUUUGUGGCAGUACCAGCUGGGUCUCGGAUCAGAACCGGUGUUGUUCUGCCGGGAUUUGAAGAUCACCGAUCAGCCGUACCGUCCGUGUGGGCUCCCCCUAGGCAUGUGACGUAUCAAAUUUUCAUGUGGCGAUUAAUUGCUGAAGCUUUUAUCACGGUAUACGGUAUUAUUACGAUAUUGAAAUAAGUUGCAAAAAAAGUGUUGUCAUAGUUUAACAGGUUUGUAAUAACAAAAA